CUGGAGUUCCUCCCGGCUUAGAGGCGCUCUCCUCCUGUGUGAACUUGAGCUAGAUCCCCGCACCAGCCCGAGCCUCUGAUCGUGCAGAGUACCUGGAGCGAAAGGAGCCACCUUCCUCCCCAGUCCACCAUGAGAGCCCUGCAGGCUUCGCUGCUUCUGUGUGUACUGAUCUUGGGCUGCAGAGGUUGGAGAAGGGAUCAUGCAUCUAACACGGAGAACUGUGGCUGCUUAAAUGAUGGUGUGUGCAUAUCCUACAAGUACUUCUCCAAGAUUCAUCGCUGUUCCUGCCCAGAGAAUUUCAUCGGGGAGCACUGUGAGAUAGACAUUUCAGAAAAAUGCUACAAAGGUAAUGGUCACUCAUACCGAGGAAUGGCCAACCAGGACAUCAUGGGCAGGAGGUGUUUGAAAUGGAACUCAGAUGCCUUGGCCUCAAAAAUGUACCAUGCCAAUCGACCGGAUGCAGUAAAGCUGGGUUUGGGGAAGCACAAUUAUUGCAGAAACCCAGACAACGGGGAAAAGCCAUGGUGUUUUGUCCAAAUUAAACGGAUGCAGCUUAAGCGGGAGUGCAAGGUGCAGCAGUGUUCCACUGGUGAGAAGCCCUUGUCCUCUCCCACAGAAAAAGGAUUCCAGUGUGGACAUAAAUCAAUGACACCCCGCUUCAAGAUUGUUGGAGGAAACACAACACCCAUUGAGAACCAGCCUUGGUUUGCAGCCAUCUACAGGAAACUUCGAGGAGGAAGCUUUUCCUUUACUUGUGGGGGUACUCUCAUCAGUCCCUGCUGGGUGGUCAGCGCUGCACACUGCUUUCCUAAAAUUAUGAAAAAGGAGGACUAUGUUAUCUACUUGGGCCAGUCAAAACGUAAGUCGCAGAUCGACUUAAGUGGAGACAAUCAGUUUGAAAUUGAAACACCAAUUUUACAUGAGAACUUUAGCUCUGGAGCCAUCGCUUUCCACAAUGAUAUUGCCCUGUUAAAGAUUCGUUCCAAAACUGGUCAAUGUGCAGAGCCCUCCAGAGUCGUGCAGACCAUAUGCCUCCCCAAAGCAUAUGAAGAUGUACCCUAUGGCAGUGACUGCGAGGUCGCUGGCUUUGGUUAUGAGAAUCAAAAUGACUACAUCUAUCCAGAGUAUCUCAAAAUGGCAGUCGUGAAGCCAAUUACAUACAGGCAAUGUGGACAACCUGACUACUAUGGUACUGAAGUCACCCCCCAGAUGCUGUGUGCUGCCCAUCCUGAGUGGAAGUCAGAUGCCUGCCAGGGAGACUCCGGUGGGCCUCUGGUCUGCCCCGUUGAUGGCCGUAUGGUCCUGGUUGGUAUUGUGAGCUGGGGCAUUGACUGUGCUGCAAAGAAUAAGCCUGGUGUCUAUACUCGUGUCUCUCACUUCCUACCCUGGAUCGAGGCGCACACAGGGCUGCCUGGCCCCAUCUGAGGAGACCUAGGAAGGAGGGGGCCAUACUGCUCCCUCAUUCUCUGAUGUCAUCAUUUCUGCCAUGGAGUCAUCUCUCCCAGGCAUAAGGAUCCCGAGAAGAUGUUCUCUAGAGAGAUGUUGUCUACAGGGGGAAUCUGGAAACAGAUUUAAACUUCAUAUUGGAGCAUGGGCACUGGCUAUUUUGAGCUUCUUGGCCAAGAUGGCUGGUUGGGGUGGGGGGUAGGGGGGUGACCAGAGUCAAGAGGCAGAUGUUUUAGAGUUCUUAGGCUCCUAGAACAUCUGGCUGCUUACUAAUGGUGAAUUCCAAACCAGAUCUGGAGGGGAAGAAGACAACUCUCCAGAACAAUCUGCCUUCACCACGGACCCCACAUCUAGAUAUUUGCAAAUAUGCAAUCGUGAAUUGAACUCGGAGUUCAUGGGACUACGGCCAAUGUUGAAAACAGCCAUCAGGGGUGGGGACACUAGCAAGGUAAUGGGAGGGCUCCAUGUAGCCCCAGGGGACUAGUCAGGAGGUAAUGGGACCAUCUGUGUGAGCAUGAGAAUGUGCUUUGGUCUUGAGAUGUGAUUAUAUACUUACAAGGGUGCCUCCCUUGGCGGUGUAGACAGCAGUCUUGGUCUCGUCCCUUCUCUCCUGAGGUACCCUCCUCAAUUCUAUUGAGUGAGGCCAAGGCAACUCUGACCGACAUGGAAUGUCUAGAUUUCUCCCAAAUCCUUCAGUAAUUACCCUCCCUGCUUAUCCCAAUCUUACUUUGUGACAGGGCCGGCCCCUUAGACUGGAUAUUUAAUAAUUAUUUUUGUUAUUUAUUUUUAUUUUUGUAGUAUCACAUGAAUGUCAAUAAAAAUAUGUCUUUCUUCU